AGUGUUUCCUCCAGCAGCUCUCCUUUCAUUCUCCACCUACAGGCGGCUAAGCAGCAUCUGUGUGCUCGAGCGGAGCUGAGCUGAGCUGGGGUGAAGGUAGCGCGCGAGACCCACACACACAAUUACACGCGCUGCUGUUGAAGAGGAGCCGGGAGCGCUGACCGCUCGGACUGAGCCGCCUGUGUGCUGGUGGCUGCCGCCUCGUGCUGGUUGAGCGGCACCGCGCUCGCGCUACUCCGCCUGCUGUUGCCGGACGCGCUGCUGGCUGCCCACAUGCCGGAAGAAGCGGAGGGGAGCCGGCGAAGCCCGCAGGGCAUCCCGUACCGAGACCUGCAGCACAUCGUCAACGCCGACGGACUACACCUGUUCUGCCGCUACUGGGAGCCGGACGGCCCGUCCAGGGCACUGGUGUUUAUUGCACAUGGAGCUGGAGAGCACUGUGGAGUGUAUGCAGACGUUGCUCACACACUAAAUCAACACGGCUUGUAUGUGUUCGCCCACGAUCAUGUGGGGCAUGGCCAGAGUGAAGGAGAGAGGAUGAAUAUUAAAAACUUCCAGAUUUACAUCAGAGAUGCUCUGCAGCACAUUGACCUCAUCACCGGACGCUACCCCAGCCUGCCAGUCUUCAUCCUCGGCCACUCAAUGGGUGGUGCUAUCUCCAUUCUGACAGCGUGUGAGAGGCCACAGGAUUUUGCAGGUGUGGUUCUGAUCGGCCCGAUGAUCCAAAUGAACCCUGAAUCUGCCACGCCUUUUAAGGUGUUCCUUGCUAAAGUCCUCAGCCAUAUGAUUCCCAGCCUCACUCUCGGCGCCAUCGAUCCUAAAAGGGUCUCACGGGACCCCAAGCAGGUGGAGGCGUAUGAAUCAGAUGAGCUGAAUUAUCACGGAGGGAUGCGCGUUUCGUUUGGAAUGCAGCUGAUGUCUGCCACCACGCGCAUCGAGAGAGAGCUGCCCAACAUCACCUGGCCUUUCUUCAUUCUCCAUGGCAACGAAGACAAGCUCUGUGACAUUGGAGGAUCUCAUCUCAUGUAUAACCAAGCUCAGAGUACAGACAAGAAACUAAAGGUAUAUGAAGGCGCCUACCACGCCCUGCACCACGAUUUGCCUGAGACGGCAGAGUCUGUCCUACAAGAAGUGAACGCCUGGAUCCUGGAGCGUCUUCCUGCCCACUCUGGGCCUUAGCUGUCGAUCUUCCCACAAGCCACGCCCGCUUAACCAGGCCCCACCCCUCUGACAAUUUUCACUUCUCUCAUCUCUUUACAACAACUCUUCCAGCUGAACUUCAACUAAACUUAAUUAUACUCAUUAUUAUCAAUCUGUGAGCGGUCAGAGGUCAGUGCUGUCUGACCCUUGGCACCAGGGUCAAAGCUUUGAUGUUUUUAGCUUAGAGGAUUGUUAGAGGCUAAUGUGUCAAGCUUGUCUUUUUUUCACCCCACGCUUACAGCGCCACGGGGUGCGGCUCACAUGUUACCGUGGCAAUCGUCAGAAGGAAAAUAAUGAGCCUGGCUGCCCCCAGUACCAGGCUGUCCUUUGUGUGUUGCUGCGGUAACAGAACACAGCUGCCCUUUGUUCUCUGUAUUAUUUUCUUUGAUGUUGCGUUCUCGUUAGUUAGAGCUGUUGCAUUGCACUCUGCUGCCCCAUCUGUACAAGAGUGGUACUGCACGCUCUGCUCAGUUACCAAGGCAACACUAUGAAAUAACUGAGCCUUUGGCAGAAAAAAAAGAAUUAAUUAUAAAAGAGGAUGUCAUGGUAACAGAGUGGGAGAGCACAGGGAAUAGAGAGGAGAAUGGCUGCCGAGCGAUUUAAACUGGGCGUUCAGCGAGAUGAAUGAAGUAGAGAGAGACCAGCUUGGGCAGCAUGGCCGUGGGGGAACACCCUCGAGCUCUCAUCAGUCACAGGGAUUUAACCCACACACACAUUCACACGCUUGUUCUUGUUCACAUGGCUCCAGGAAAAGACCCUGUGUGCUGUAUAUAUAUAUAUGUACAGGGGUUAAACUGGGCUGGAGCACACUGGAACAGAGCUCCACCACCUUCGCUUCAUAUCGUUUAUCAAAGAUAAAUAACCCCCCACCAAAAAGUUAGUUUGUUUUUUGCUGCUUCAGUUUUAUACGGCAUGUCCCCCUCUUGUCAUUCACAAACAUAUGUUGAGUCCAUACUGAAUCAUUCCUGCAGUUUCAUAACAUUAUAACUUGAUAAGUAAGUUUGUUCGUUAUGCCUCAAUCUUUAAGUAGCGAUUAGAGCAAGUAGAGAUUAUUUGCCAUCAUUUAUUCUAUGAAAUCCAAAGUAAUUCCAAAGCUUUCUGUCACAGAGGUAUCGAGCCAAGUUUGCAUAGCCAGAUGUCAAGACUGAGUAGCUAAACCAAACAUUGUUCAUACAGUAGGCCUGUUCUAUGUACAUGACUUUUUUCUUAAUUUGACAGACUUGCAUAACUAUGAUGUUUAGAUGUUUAGCCUACUGUUUUGGCAACUGACUGUUAUUAAAUGUGCUAGAGACACAUUUGGACCUUGCUAGCUGGCUAUUAGUGUUUGUAGAUUAAUAUUGCUAUGAGCUCCAUCAGUUUAUUAGAUGUAUUAGAUGGUUAGAAGGCUGAGAAGGCUCCAGUUUCCAGUUUAACCCCUGUUUAUGUAUGGCAAAACCUUGUACCCUCAAAAUGGUAACUUCAUCACUUUUUUUCCACAUACUUUUGGAGCAUUUCUAUUAGUCCACUCAUCAUGAAAUUUUAACACAUUGUAAAGAGCAGAUGACAAUUCCCACAAAAAAAACACAAAAAUGGAGAUGCAAGGUUUUGUUCUGACAGCGAUGACCAGUGGCAGUAUACAAAUAUCUACAUUUUUCAUUGACAUAUCUGCCGAUACAGAUUCUCGUGCAGAUUCACACACUUAUAAAAUGCAGAAAUUGUGAUUAAGCCUGUCCCAAAUACAGAAUUAUUAAGAGAAAUGUAAUGCUUAUUUGUAAAAGAUGACAAAUGCAGUAAAUGCAGGCAUUUUAGCAUAAUAGUUUAGUGUCACCUAAACAUUCACCUCUUCCAGAAUAUGAUAAAUAUCAGUUUGAAUUAUUGCUCAAAUCCAAACAUCCGUAGUUUCAGUAUUUUUAAUAAUAAUAAUCUGUCGACACCGAUAUGAUCACGAUAUCAUUGUGCGUCCCUAAUACAUAUAAACACACAUCACUGUGAACAGAGCAGAAUUUAUCAUGGUGAAAUGAAAACUGAUAUGACAAUAAGUCCCACUGAACUGGCUGAGCCUUCAGUUGGCUCGUCUAGUUGUUCUUGACUCAUGACUGUUCCAAAGACUACAGACUGUUCGGUUCCCGUAUAUGGGGGUUGGCCUGGCCAUGACUGUUCUACUACAAUGUGUCAGGACGCUGAACAUGAAUGCAUCUGUUAGCAGCUGACGCCUCCCUGUAAAGUCUGGAAAUGUUACAUUCCUUAUGUGCAUUGUUACUGAUGUGUAACUUUACAUGUAUAUUGCUGUGUUACUCCUAAGUCUACAACAUUGCUGCAAUAGUUCUUGACCUCUAUGAGCGCCUAAAGGUCAGAUGGCAGUCCAGCAGGGGGUAAAUGGCAUUCGUAGGUGGAAAUGGACUGUUGCAGGGCCAGUCAAAUAUAACACCCUAUAAAAUUGUACUUAUGUAGGCAAAAAGCAUUUUUUGUUACAGAGGUUUGCUUCUGAUCCUCUUAGAGGCCUUUUAUUGGUGAAAUGAGGGACACUUUUUACAAUUCUAGAUUUUAAAUAGAUUUUAAAUAAUAACUCAUUAUUUCUGUAAGAAUUUUUAUUAAUCCUGCUGACCUAAGCUCUCUUAUGAAUAAUAGUUUUCUGAGACAUGUGGGCACUACUAUAAUGUCUUGUUUAAACUUUAUUUAGAAUAUUUGCACAAGAAUGUAAAUACUCUUCAAGUGAAAAAAAAGAAUGUUACUAUUUUCAGAAGUAUACCUGUUUAAAUCUCAGUCAAAAUAGUCUUCUUUGUUCAGGAGGAAACUUCUCAGCAAAAUCAGAAUCAUCCCAAAAAAUACCACAUGAACGAAAUAUUGUCAUAAACAAUUUGGGCCUGGUUUCCAAAAGACACUGUAGCAUUAGAAAGAGAAAUGCAAUUGAUUUUUAGCUUUUAACAUGACUGAACGGUGCACAAAUGCUGUCUUCUCUGUCGCAAAAAAAAGAAAAUUAGCUGUUUGCAAUCAUGUCAUUAUCGUAACAUACUGUAAUAUCUGAUAGUUAUACUGACAAUUUCAGGGCCACAAGUAUCUCCUUGUCUUGUUUAAAGCUACAGAGAAGACAUCAAGAGGAAAAUGGAAUAUAUUGCAAUAUUUUGUCAGUAUAAUUCCAAAAUGCAAAUAGAAUAUAUCAGAAUAUAUUCUCAAUAUAUGACAUUUUUGUAUGGGCACACAUGCUGCUGUUUUAAAAUCUAUUCAUUUAAAAUCAUCAUUGUUACAGAGUGCUCAGCUAUCUUAGCGUGAUCUUUGUGCUGUGAUGUUUGUGGCAAACCAGACCUUUUUUCAUUCAGACACGCUCUUCUAAUUCCCCAUUUUUCAUGAAUGGUAAACAGAGACUGGUGCUGACCUCAUGUGUAUAUAUAUAUAUAUAUAUAUAUAUAUAUAUAUGUGUGCGUGUAGUAUAUACAGAUUGUGUGGAGGUACCUAACUGGUCAUUUUCCACAUAGGGCACUCCACCACGACUCAGUGCUCAUCAACUGAACGUUCUUCCCUGUGCAGUGUUGCACGUUGUGCAGGUUGUACUUGCACCUUCAUCUGGUCUCAGGGAGCAAGUCUUUUAGUGCAAAUAAGUCCACCCUGUUAAACAAUUACAAGCAGUUACAAGCAGUAUUCAGUAUAAUCGGAUUAAUCAUUUGGCAUACAAAAUGGACUAUAAUCAGAUAUCUUUUACUUAAAAAGUUUUUUAUGUAGGCCAGGGUGAUGCCAUUUUGUGCACAAGUUGAGAAUAGUUACAAACACUGUAAGCGAUGACUCUAUGACUUUGGACUGUUUCUUUAAGCGUUCAUGAAGCUUCGUAAAACAUGUUCUAGCAGUGAAGUAGGAGAGACACUCUUCAAAAUAAAGGGGCUGAAAAGGAUUCUUUGGAGCGAUGAUAUAAAAGAACCACUUUUGGUUCCCUAUAUAACGUUUCAAUGGAUGGUUCUUCAACUCUUGUGUAAGUGAGUUGAAGAACCUUUUUAAAGUUUAAAGAAUCACCACAGAAUGUAAAGGCUGUACACCAGCUAAUGUUUUUUCUUAGAACCAGACGUCCAAGCCAAGAACCAUUUAGGAACCUUUAUUUUUAAGAGUGUAGCCCCAAGAAGUGAAUCUCUGUACUGUCAGUGGUUGAGUUGGAGUCCAUUACUCCUUAUAUGACAGCAUUGUUCUUUAUAUUUUUAAGCUCUUUUGCUGUGUUUAAUGUUAAAGAAAUGGAGGAAUGGAUUGAUAUACAAUUUCCCACUUACUCAAGAUGUAGUUGAUUAGCCAAAACACUUUUGGUGUCCAAAUUUUGCUUCUUUAGUUUAGUACAGUAGCUAUGAGGCAAAUGUUGCUAACAAACACUACAAGUCAAGUCACCCAAACCUUUUUUGUAAAAAAAACGCCUCUCAGCCCAAUCGAACUGCAACCAAGUCUUCAAUAAGGUCACACAGACUUGUCAAUGUAGUUUAAGAGGUAGCAUAAAUUAGACAUUUUAGACAAUGUGUGUUGUGCCGCUAGCCUCGUAUCUCAGGUUUAAAAAUAUAAAAGAAACUGGACUCGUAAUAUCGAUGAUUGACUACAUCUGGGGCAAGUAUAAAAUUGUGUAAAAUUGUUUUUUCUUCUAAUCGUUCAUUUAAAUGUAGACUACUCUUAAUCUCAGCUGGCCAGCCCACUUGCCAUCUGAUGCGGGUAUGUACUAUUUCUGUAUUCUGCUUCAGUAUAAAAGAAGUAGAAGUAAAGUUACUUCUACAAGUACUGACAUGACUACAUCACUCUAAAGCCCAUGGGCAGUAUGGCUAACCACCAUUAAUGACCAGCUGUCAAAAGUUCAUGACCGGUCUUUUGAAGUCCACUCACACAGCACUAUUUAGCAGUUGUACUGCACAAUCUAAUGUGAACUCCUUCAGACUUCAUGACACAUUUAAAAGCCUGAGUUCAUGAGGCCAGAUGCAGAAAUGUUUUCUUGACUACUGUUUGUAUAUGCAUGUAAAAAGUUUUUAAAAAUUACUACUAAUAUACUGUAAUAUAAUUCUGAAAAACAAUGUUGUGAUUGAACUGUUUAAUUUCGACUUCCUAUGGCCAGUUGAUCAAUAAAUGAAGACUGUUACAAGA